CGUUAACGACGCGAUAACAAGCCUCCGAUAAAGCCAGAUAAAUCGCAUUAAUUUCACAUAUAUAUAUAUCCAUACAAAUGUUGGCAAUUGGACCAGAAUUCGCCAAACUUGAGACGAACCAGACUGAAGAUACGGAACAUGCAGCUCGACCAGGCCAAACAAUAAAGAACCCCAGUAAUCGCACAUCGAAACGCUCUAACCUGGCUAUUACGGAUAGAUAGCCCGUCCUUGUCAAUUGCUGCACAAUGUCUAGUCGCAGCAAUGGAACGUCAAAAGCGACUAGCAACGACCUAGCACCGAGUCACACGACCGACUUGCCCGGCAUUGAUGACAAGCAGAAUGCCCACAGCAGUAGAGAUACCAAUGGCUCUCUGACAGGCAUAGGCACGGCAGUGGCCCAUGCGACUUUUCCAAGCUGGAUGAAUAUGAUCCUGAUGAUUUCGCUGAUUUUCGGUGGCUGUUGUGCCAAUGUGUUUGCGCUUGAAGCUAUUAUCAAGGAAGAACCGAGUUCUGGUCCUCUGAUAACAUUUGUUCAGUUCAUUGUAACUGCUCUGUUGACCCUCCCGGACUUCAUCUCAAUAUCUGAAGGUCCUCGAUCAUUAUUCAUAUCCAAGCGUGUCAUACCACUUCGCUCAUGGCUGGUGUACACUGCAUUCUUCUUGACAAUCAAUCUUCUAAACAACUGGGCAUUUGCGUACAAGAUCUCGGUUCCUUUGCAUAUCAUUGUUCGCUCUGGGGGGCCAGUAGCAUCAAUGAUAAUCGGAUACCUAUUCAAUGGCAAGAGGUAUUCUCGGGGCCAAGUCAUAGCAGUCAUCCUGCUUACCUUGGGUGUUGUGGGUGCGGCAUUGGCAGAUGCAGAAGCAAGAGGUCAAUCAAUGAACAUCGAGACUAAUAGCGAUAGCCACGCCAUUGCAAACACGGUCACUGGGUUCUCUAUACUUGCAUUGGCAAUGAUUCUGUCCGCAUUUCAGGGUAUUUUCGCGGAUCGACUUUAUGAGCACCAUGGUCGGAAUAAUUGGAAAGAAGCUCUGUUCUACUCCCAUACACUUUCGUUGCCGCUUUUCCUCACAUCUUACCCGCAGCUCUUGUCCCAAUGGCGGACUCUGCUGUCGUCGCCCCCGUUGAUUUCCAAGAUCUCUACCUUCACAUCUACAAAUCAUGGAGGAGUUUUGGUCACUGCUCCUCUUAAUGUGCCUUCAAUGCCAACAUCGGUUUCUGGCGUUUUUUCAUUUUUGGCAUUGGUCGUUCAGAGGCAUCAGGUCUUUCAGUCUUUCCUUGCUUGUGUCCCGAUACAGGUGGUAUAUCUCUUCAUAAAUGCCUUGACGCAGUUCCUGUGCAUCCGUGGGGUUCAUCUACUUGCUGCAAAAACAUCUUCCUUGACUGUUACGAUCAUUUUGAACAUUCGCAAGCUUGUCUCGCUGCUUUUGUCCAUAUAUCUGUUUGGAAACCAACUUGCGCCGGGUGUGCUUGUUGGCGCAGCUCUUGUAUUUGCCGGUGGUGGCUUAUACGGCUUCGAGGGCACGCGACUGAGAGAGAAGAGUUUGAAGAAAGACUAAAUCCAUAUAUAUGCAUAUGAACCUUGUAUCUCAUGUUACGACCUAUACAACCUUACCAGCC